AUGACAUGUGCCCUCGCUCGCUCGGAAAAGCGGUGACGAAGUGACGACACCCAAAGGCACAGGAGUAUAGAGGCAGAGAGAAGGGAUUGGACACUGCCCGGUAGAACCUUUCACACGCCACGUCCAUUCGAGGAUUGUGCCACGGGGGUCUCUCGCCGAGAGAUCGUGUCCUGGAAUCGAAUCGGCAGCAAAGCGGCAGUUUGGACCCAAAGCCCGCGUUCUUAGAGCCAGCCUCGGGGACCGUGGGAGCGAGGACCGCAGCAGGGGCAGAGAGCCACUGACAGCAGCAGCAUCGCCAUGGGGUGCGUUGCUUCUUCGGAGGGAGAGGAACCGAAAUCACCGCCGGCGACACUGGCGGAGAGGAAAGCCAAAGCGCGGACCAAGAGGAAGGAGGGCAGCCUCGUUCACAACCUGGUUCACGAGGAGUUUGGUCGCGACAUCCAGGAGUUCUAUGACAUCGAAGGCGAAGUUCUCGGGGAGGGGAUACAAGGCGUCGUGCGAACGGUCGUGAACAAGAAAACGGGGGCCAAGUUCGCCAUGAAGACCGUGCCCUUGGGCGCGGGUAAGAACUCUCUGGCGAUGGACCAGCUCCGCAGCGAGCUGGAUCUCAUACGCAGGCUGGACCACCCAAACAUCGUCAGACUGCAGGAAGUCUUCGAGACGGAAGAUUCGCUCUUUCUCGUCAUGGACUUGUGCACGGGCGGGGACAUGAUGACGAGGUGGCAGCGAAAUAGGAGGCUGCGCUACUCGGAAGAGGAGGCGGCGCUGACGGUGAAGAAGAUCGUGAACGCUGUGCGGUAUUGCCACAAGCGAUGCGUGGUGCACAGAGACCUCAAGCUGGAGAACUUGUUGUGGGAGCAUCCGGGAGAAGACGCCGAGCCGCAGCUCGUGGACUUCGGUCUCGGGGUAAAGUUCUCCAAAGAGGACGAGACCUUCCACCAGGACGUGGGCAGCCUGUACUACGUCGCCCCCGAGGUGCUGGGCAGGAACUAUACCAAGGCUUGCGACUGCUGGAGCAUCGGGGUGAUCGCUUACAUGCUCUUGGCGGGCGCGCCGCCGUUCAUGGCUCCGUCCGAUGAGGGCGUUAAGAUCAAGAUCAAGUGGGCAAGGGUAUCGUUUCCGAAGGAGGUCUGGGACAAAAUCUCGGACGAUGCCAAGGAUUUCAUCAAGAGAAUGCUAGUGAAGUCCCCGGCCAAGCGGAUGUCCGCGGACGAGGCCUGCGCACAUCCCUGGAUGACAAAGCCGCGAAACAAGCAAAAUGGCGUAGAACCCGUCGCUCAGGCUGAGGCGAUGUCGGAGCGGCAGGAGGAAGGAGGGGGCGGGGAAGGAGCGGCGGCGGUAGCGUCGGUGACACCCUCGACGACGGAGUCGUCAGCGGCGCUAGACCCGGAGCUUGUUCGGCGGCUCAGAAACUUCGCGGACUACGGGAAGCUGAAGCGCGUGGCGCUCGGGGUAAUCGCGCAUUCCCUCACUCCGGCAGAAAUCCGGACGCUUCGCACCGAGUUCCAGAACGUGGACGUGGAGGGCCGCGGGGAAAUUAGCCCGAUGGACCUGAAGAACGCGCUCAACAAGUCCGAUAACUACACGGACGAGGAGGUCGAGAGGUUGUUUGAACAGAUUGACCUGGAUCAGGAUGGCACGAUAGGUUUCACAGAGUUCGUCGCGGCGUGUUUGCACGAGGGACACGUCAGGGACGAGAACCUCCGGCUGGCGUUCGACCGUCUCGACUACGACGACACGGGCAAGCUCACCCUGGAUAACCUUCUCGAGGUGAUCGGCCACAAGUCCAACGAGCGGACCAUUGACAAAGAGAUCACUGACGCAGAGGUGUUCGACGCGCUGGUAGGGGAAGAAGGGAAGGGCGUCAGCUACGACUUGUUUAAGAAGGCGAUGAUCAAGAACUUCGCAUCCACGGACUUCAACAGCCCGAGCGUGUUCUCCACGCUGGUUCGUGCUGCCUCGAAGCUGAGCAUUGAAGAAGUGGCGAGGGUCACCGGUGGAUCAACGGAGGAUGCUGAUACCAUCGUCUCGGGAUCUCAGGCCACCUUGCACGGUCGGAACAGCACAGACGCGCUCAACACCAUGGACCAGCAAUCGGAGGAGGCAAAACAUCGGCAGCGCUCGGUCGAUUCCGUCACCUCGACGGAGGGAGAUGGGGCGCAGUACUUUUGAUUUUUGCCCCUCGCUCGCGCGGCGUGCUCGUGGCGUUGGUCACGUGCUUCUCUUCAUGGAGACUACUGCCGUGGCCACCGCCUCGGGUAUGUCGUAUUUUUUCACGGGUUUCUUUUUGGUUUCAUUUUGGACUUUUGGCUCCAAGGAUGAGACCCUUAAGAGCGUGUCGUUUCGUUUCGUUUCCCCGACCGUUACGUCGGCUGUGCUGUGCAAGUAUUGGAUCGGAUUGGGUACUGCUUAGCUUGUCUUCAAAACUUGUUUGGUUGUUUGGUUGUUCGUCGAGGGAGAACUCAUGGUUGGAAACAUGGAAUCAUAAGGGCUCCGGGCGGAACCUGCCUUAUUUAGGGCCAUGCCCCGCAAACCUGGUAUGUGCUGCAUGACGACAAGUGUACUCACCGGCGCCACGAGCACCUUUCAAGAACGCGGUACGGCGCUGUUACGCGUUUGGCGUUACACAGCAGCGCUGGGUGGGGUUGGUCGCAUCAAGUCGGCCUUCCUUCCAUGCAGCAGCGCGUCGAACGCUAUGUGGUCGUGGCUGCCCGCCCCGCGCGGCUCCGCGCAGGGCUUGCGGUCCCUCGUUAUUGUUAAGGGGGGACUUUUGCGAAGCGCAGUCCAAUCCGGCAAGAAAUAGCCAGAAAAUACGCGCCCAGGUUUCCGAACCGCCGUAUGUGGAAGCAAUGAGGGACGGCAGCCUCAUGUUGCCUUGCUACUCUGUGCUUGACGCAGGCGGGCGGUGCGGGUGGCUUCAAAGUAGUGCCCACUGUUGUAAGAAAGCUGUAGGAUAGGAUUGGAGUCUUUUUUUGGAACCCCUUGUACAUUCGUUGGAAGCCAAGAACUGGCAUCAACAAGCUGCAAAAGCCCUGUGGCAGCAACAGGUUUAUUGGAGCGUUGCCCUGUGUUCUGUAUGUACUACCCGCGAGGUUUACGGAUGUGGCAAGCGUUCUAUAGCAAGCGAUUACGUGUUCCACCUUGGAUUGCGGGGUGGAGCAGUGUUGGUGAACUCGUUCUAUGUAAGCGGAGAGGAGCGUAAGAUCUAGGAUUGCAGGUUGCUUUCGAUGCAACUGUUGUGGCGCACCGCAUGUGACUAUCUGGUGUUUGGUGCGAUGAAGACACAGCCGAUCGAGUGUACUAUUUCCCAACGUUGACGGACGUGGUUACUGUGUGCGUUUGUUUUGAGAAGUCGCUUGUAUCGUAUAGGAUGGCAGCCGCGUAUUUUGUGUACAUAAUACUUCGUAUGGGGUCAUCCUGCAAUCGAGAACUCUGUGGUUGGCUUACGGUGCUGUGCAGACAUCCUUCCUCUCUUGGUCCUUCCUUGUUGCUCACGGGCGGAGCAAUCAGGAUUUUGUGCCCGUGUCAAAGUAGCGAUGUGGCGAGACAUCAGAUAUCGUUGGCAUCAUCAACAGGAGGAUUGAGAGCCAGGCUCGAUCUGUAAACAACCGUUGGUACUGCCCACUCCGUGUUUGGCCCCCUUGUUUUUGUUUCAGGGCUGGUUUGUCGAGAUCCAUUUCCAGAUGUGCCGCGUUUGUUAUCUUCACAUUGAACGUCCCGAUCUC